GAGCACUACGCUGAAGAAUGUCUGGAAGUUUUUACUUUGUGAUUGUCGGUCAUCAUGAUAAUCCCAUAUUUGAAAUGGAAUUUCUGCCUCCUGGGAAGGUAGAGUCCAAGGAUGAUCAUCGCCAUCUCAACCAGUUCAUUGCCCAUGCUGCUCUUGACCUAGUAGAUGAGAACAUGUGGCUUUCUAACAACAUGUAUCUGAAGACUGUGGACAAGUUUAAUGAAUGGUUUGUUUCUGCUUUUGUCACAGCUGGACAUAUGAGAUUUAUAAUGCUCCAUGACGUAAGGCAAGAAGAUGGCAUUAAGAACUUCUUUAACGACGUCUAUGACUUGUACAUAAAGUUUGCAAUGAAUCCGUUUUAUGAACUCAAUUCUCCCAUUCGAUCCAGUGCCUUUGAGAGGAAAGUGCAGUUCCUGGGGAAGAAACACCUUCUAAGCUGAACAAAUAAAUUCCCCAAGUGAGUGCUUUUUCCACAGUUCUCAUUAUUUGAACUGCAGUUUUUCUGGCUAGUUCUCAGCAUGUUUGAUAUGCAUCCUCUGAGGAUUGACAAAUUGGAUGCCAAAGAAGCUUUUUUUUUUUCCUGAUACAGAUAAGAACAGGCAAGCUUCACUGGUUAAAACGUGUCUAUCUUAAUGAGUUUCCCUUUAUGCACUCUGAAAACUAAGUUUAAAAUU